AUGAGUACCCAAUCUACUCAAAUAGGUGCUGCAACAACCGAAUCCAUCACUAUGGUAACUAAUAGUGAAGGUGAUCUCAAUCAAAUACUCACUGACGAAUUAGUGAUACUAAGUCAAUCAUCAAUACAACUAAAUAUGACCAACAUGAUUCCUAGUCAAGUACCCAACGUUCCUAAUCCAACGACGAUACAUCAGAAUCUGACAGAAGAUGAAUUUCGAGCUCGAAGACGAAAAGCUCGACGACGACAGCGCCAACGCCGCGCUGAACGACGACGCCAAGCUAGAGCAUCUCAACACCAGCAAAGAAAUCAACAACGGGAAGAGGGGCGUUCAGAAAGAAGAAGAAGGGAAAGAUACCAACGGUGGCAACAGCGACUUGCUGAAAGAGAACAACAAGAAUAUGACUACUCACCCCGCUAUGAAUAUCGAAGCCGAUGGGAGCGACGAAGAGAAUAUGAUUUGUGGAGCAUGGACUCCUCAGACUACUUUAUGGAUGACACGUAUAUUGAGCCGCUGUUAGAACAAUAUGACUUAGAAACUGGCGACCCAACUUAUUAUCGCGACCAAGAAAACAUAAGUGUAUUGGAAGGCAUGGCAGCUCUAGAACAACUGAUGCAAAUGCAAGAUGAAAUCGAGCAAUCACAACAAAUCAGAACAGUUGCAGAUUGGGAUCAAGAAAAACUAAAUGAAAUGAAUGAAAGAAAAAACUGGACACAAAAACAACUAAAUGAUUUUGAACGCACUCCAACAACGAAACAAGAUCACCUCGUUGAAGAUGAAAUCGAACAAUUAAGACAAAGCGAUGCUGCCCAAAAAAUACAAGAGGAAAAACGUAUGCAAAUAGACUUAAACGAUCAAUAG